UGUCCAUGUUCAUCGCGGAGGAGUUGGACUAGACGGCCUUUAAACGUCCAUCCAACUCAAACGAUUCUAUGACUCCUCGCCCCUCAGGCCCUGCUGCCAUCAAAUGAACGAGUGAACAAAACCCCCUCCACUUCAGAGCGCUCAUUUUAAGGUUCCCAGCAGCAAGCUCCGGCCCGAGAGCAGCUCCUCACCAACGGCCACGGAGCUUAUUCACACUGACAAAAUGAAACGUGAAGAAGUUCGAGAGGCUACAGACCGAACGGGGCAGCAGCCCAGGCUAACCGCCGCCAUUUCGCGGAGCGGACACCCGCCACCCGGUGACCUCGCCGCCCUGGGGCGGCCGAGAAGGUGCGGAAAGCACCACCCCAGGGUCGGGCGGCGGGGAGCGGAGCACGCUGAGGUGAGGGCGGCGCCGGGGGCCGGCUGCAGAGCGGCGGGGGAGGCCGGGAUCUUCCUGAAUGAACGGCUCCUUCCCCGCCUCGCCUCGCCUCGCCUCGCCCCGCACCCCCGCCCGCCACUCGCCGCCGCCGCUCCGAGGCGCAGCCAGUUUCUAUAGCGACGGCGCCGAUCCUCCGAGUAGUAACAAAGCCGGCUGCCCGCGGCCGCGCCGGGCCGGCGGGAGAAGCUGCUCCCUCUCCCCAGGGCACCGGGCGGUUAGCGCACUGCCAGUGGGACUCUGCAGCGUCAGCCAGAUUUGAUUUUGAUUGCCAGCUUUUCAAAAAGGCUGUGCUGGUGGAAGACCAAGCCUGGAGAAUUUGUUGUGAAGUGGAAACCUCCACUGGUUGUUUCCUGUGUGGAGGAGAAUAGGCAUUUCCUGUGCUCCCUACAAGUGAAUCUUUGCAAGAACUUCUUUUUCUUGGAAAAUGGACACCUGGCUUGGAGGAGAUGCAGCACAGAGUCCCUAGCGGAAGCUCAAAAUGGAUGACUUCUACUGAUGCUUUGUGACAAUUUCAUCUCCUCUUUUCCUGUUUGAGAUGGCUGAUAAGAUCAUCAGGAAAAAUUUCUAAAAUAAGCCUGCGUGACAACGUCUCUUUCCCUUAACUCUUCUUUUCACAAAUCUGCAAACCAUCAGACAAAAUGAGCAGCCCUCUACAAGAGGAGUCAGCAGAGCCCCAGAGCUCAGAUGAGCUCGAGUGCAAGAUCUGUUACAAUCGCUACAACCUGCGACAGAGAAAACCAAAAGUGCUGGAGUGUUGUCACCGAGUUUGUGCCAAAUGCCUCUGCAAGAUCAUAGACUUCGGCGAUUCUCCUCAAGGAGUCAUAGUUUGCCCAUUUUGCAGGUUUGAAACAUGCCUGCCAGACGAUGAGGUUAGUAGUCUUCCUGAUGACAAUAACAUCCUUCUGAAUUUAGCUUGUGGGGGAAAGGGAAAGAAGUGCCUACCAGACAACCCAACGGAACUGCUGCUGACUCCCAAAAGGUUGGCGUCUCUGGUUAGCCCUUCUCAUACCUCUUCGAAUUGCCUGGUUAUAACAAUUAUGGAAGUACAAAGAGAGAGUCCCCAGACUCUGAACUCGACACCCGUGGUGGAAUUUUACAGGCCUACGAGUUUUGACUCUGUUGCAACUGUGUCCCACAACUGGACAGUGUGGAACUGCACAUCUUUGCUCUUCCAGACCUCAAUUCGGGUGCUAGUUUGGUUGCUAGGGUUGCUGUACUUCAGUUCCUUGCCUUUAGGGAUUUACUUACUGGUAUCUAAGAAAGUCACCCUUGGGGUUGUCUUUGUAAGCCUUGUUCCCUCGAGCCUUGUUAUUCUCAUGGUUUAUGGCUUUUGCCAGUGUGUUUGCCAUGAAUUUCUAGACUGCAUGUCUUCUUGACAACAAAUGCAGUGAAAUAAGGUACAUUGCCACAUGUGUAGCAUAGUUGAUUUAGCCUGUCUUUAUAUUCUUAUUUAUUUUUAUUUUUGACCAUCCCACUGAGUGAAAGCAGAGACCCAUGUUAUACAGUCCUUUUUACAACCUCUUUAUUGUUUUCUCUUUAUUUUCUUUUCCUUUUAGCUAAGUAAUGACAUAAAAUUUCCAUGUUCAUUUUAAAGGGCUGGGAUGUAGAAAGGGGUAAUGGAAAAUUGCCAAACUUGGUGUCUGCUGCUGUUAUUCAAAUAAGUAGCCCCUUGCUUUUUGUUGGCUAGAUCAUGCAAUAUGAGGGUGCAGGAUCUGCCUUAGGAGAAGUUAGUAUAACAGGCACCUUCCAGUUCAAUGUGUAGCAUCUCUUAAUGCAGAGAAUCUCAUGCUCUGGGAUAUCUGUUAUUUCUGGUAGCAAAUGAAAUCACUUAGUUAAUAAGAAGAAGACAAGUUAAUGUUUGCUCUUUCCAGUUCUUGUUACAGCAAAAAUAUUUGUGGGGUGCCCAGUGGUCACAGAUGUUUUUGGUAUUUUAUGGCAUGAGGAACUUUUUCCUCAUGCUAACAACACUUUCCCCAUGCAGAAGCCCACUUUGCUUGUCCAGUAGUUGCAGCUUCAUCUCCUGCAAUGGAUUACUUCUAUUAGCCACACUUGUUCUCAUCUAGGUGCACUAAAUAAGUGUGUGUAACUCUUAGCUUCCUUUGAGAGUUCAGAGAUCUGCAAACUUCUCUGGCUGUGUUCCAUUACAUUUACCCUCACUCCAAGCGUUUCCACCACCACACCACCUUUCCAACUUUUUUGUUCUUGUAACAAAAGCACGCCUACAUUUAGGUUGCUGCACUGGAAAAUUUCCCCUAUGUGACUUUAGCUGUAAUAGUAGAUCUUUUUGUCUGAUCAUGAGGAUGUGGACUUUCACUACCUAACACACGUUUCAGAAAAAUUCUGAAAUGAUUAAUACGUGGGGGGUUUCUUCUGCUUUUUUGAGUGUUUUUUUGUUUGUUUGUUUUCCAAUUCCACAGGAUGAGCACUGUGAUAAGUUACUAUUACUCUGGGAAGGAUUCUGUUUUGUGCAUGGUCCUUCAAAAUAUUUAAUACUCUGAACUCCCUCUGUCACCAUUGUGAGUUGAUGGCACCCCAGCUGUGGCAAUUAGUGCAACUUGACUACGUUGAAUUCAGAGGAAUUAGUGGCGAUUUACUACUCCAUAAAUACAGUCAGGCCCUACGAGGUUUGCUUGUACGUUGUGUGGUUGAGGUUAAAUUUUCAACUACUGGAAGAGCACAAAAAUAAGAAAUGUUUAAUAUUUGUGUUUAUAACUAAGUCUGGUCCACGCCACAGCUGCAACCUGGUUUUCCUGUGCACAGCGGAGUAAAAAAUGAGAAGCAGCAGAUGAUCAGUGCAAGCACAGCUUUUGGAUCAGGCACGAAAUGGAGUGACCUCAAGGUGCAGUGUAAGGGGAAAAUGGGUUGGUUGCAGGAAGACUGACUAGGUGGCCUAACAGUACGUUCUUAAAACAAAAUGACUUGGCAAGAGUGAAAAAUGUUGAAGGGGAAAAGGAGAGCUUAAGUGGCUGUUGUGUCUAUCAAGAGGAUCUGAAGUCAAAUCAGUCCAAUUUUUGUAGCUGGUACAGAUAAUACCUAUGGUUUCAUUCCUACUGAAAUCGUAGGAGAAAUGUGAAAUGUGAAGGUCCCGCUUUUCUUGACACUCAAGUUUAUAAUAGUGCAUAUAUGUGUGUGUAUGUAUAUAUAGACACAUAUGUAAGAAGAAAACCUAUAGCAAAAUUAUAGUUUUCAAGUGUGUGGAGUUGCAGAGCUUUGUAUUGAAUGAUUAAAGGAAAUGUUUCAAACUUCUCUGUAAUCACUGGAUAACAAUUAGAACUAAAACAUUUUCAGAGUUCCUAGAAAUGACUAUUCCUAAGUAAUUGUUUUGGUGUUUGUGGUAAAGCAUAUAGAGUUAGAAGAGCUGUAUUCCCCAAUCCCCAUAUACUGCAAGGUUUGACUCAUCUAUGAAUUCAUAAAUUUUCAAUCUCCAACAGUCAUCAUGUCAAAAAAGCAAGAAAGAUAGAAAUCUAUGUGGUUUAAUGGUACUUCAUAACUUUGGGAGAAGAUGUAUUUGUAGUGUUAGGGAUUUAUGUGUUUUAGGGUAUGUUCAAUUUGUCUGAAUAUAAUAUCUUUAAUAAAGGGCUGGCUAAUACAGGAUGUAGGUUUUGCAAAUGUGUGAUGUAUCUGUGUUCCUUCUGCACAACAUGUCUGCAGUGCUACCCAUUGUCUCUUCCUUUUUUUAAUUCCCAGUUCAUUAUGAUCAUUUUAGCUCCAGCAUCAGAUAUUUUGUAC